AUGUCUUUCAACAUCCACCGGCUUCUGUCUUCGACGGUCGAACAACUCAUGUCCCCGACGCUCGACCCCUUCGAAUUAUUCCUCCAAGACUUCUUGUUAAGUGGCGCCUUCGCUCGCACAUUUGGCGCCGCAGCUGCUUUGGAUCGAUUGAAGCAAUUCGCUCUCGCCACCUAUCAUCCCCUAGGUCAUCACCUGAGCUAUCUCUACGUCCCACUCGGACUGCCGCCUGCCCCUGGCUCAGCAGUUCUACUUCAAGCUCAGGCAGGGAUCAACGCCGACACGACCGAGAUACAGCUACCAAACGGAUAUCUCAUGCCGUUCUGCACCAUCGACAUUAUCGCCGUCCGCCCAUCUCAUAUCGUCCCGAGCCGGCUGUACACGCCGUACGCUGGAACGCGCCGCAACAGGUCCUCUUUACAGCGUACGGACAAGGUGCCCAUCUUUUUCAGAGGAGUAGAUGGAGGCGUUGGUGUGCGCAUAUCUUCGAACGCCGACUUUCACAACCUUCCGGAUACUCCCACUCGUAUAUCGGCAUCCUCGCUCAAGGUCGUACUCAACCUGCUCAACUAUAAGCCGUACGAGCGCCAGAUACGUCCUCGCUUGCCCUCUAUGGCCGGGAACGUCACCGUGCGGCGUCUUGCGUGUCUCGUUGCGAUGAAGGUUCGACAUUGCCUGCGGAUUGCCGCAAAGGAGAAUGCGAAGAUCUCGCACUGGGAAAGCCUGCGCUGGAGGUUUGGCACCGGACCUGGAUACAUCAAUGUCGUCGAUGUUCGUUUGCUCGGAGUUGUCUUCGUCUCCACGGGAAAGAUAACGCCGUUGCUGGAAGUGCGAUCUGACUUCGUAUUCUUGUUUGAAUGA